AUGUCAGAUGGUAUGAUCGAUUGCUCCGACAGCGAGUGUUGCACACAUGCAAGUUGCACGGACCACAUAAUGUGUUUAUCUAGUAACGAUCCGGUAGAAGUGCUCUUACGGAAGCAACCUCCUUCAGUAACCGCCUCUUUUUAUCAAAGGGUGAAAUUUUUAAUAGAGGAAAAUUCGGUUCAAUCCUACGCGCAUAUGGACGAAUACACCGAGAGCGAGUUCUGGAAUUCCUUUACACCGCGUCGUGUUGCUGUCAUGAGAGGACAAGUCAUUACGCCUCAAGGGUUAGGAAUUGUAGGCAUACGAGUUUCUGUUGACAGAGAAUCGCGAUUUGGAUUUACCCUAACUAGGCCAGGUGGAUGGUAA